AUGCUGUCGCGUCCAUCUGGAACAGUCGCGGUGAGUAUUUUCUUUAAAAAAUUGAAAACGACAUUGAAAAAAUCGGUAUAACCUUGAAAAAUGUGAUUUUUGCGAAUUUUCAGAAGCGCUUCGUCUCUGCCGCCGCUAAGACUGCCGCAGUUCAGGAAAGAACGACGGUCCUCGAGAGCGGACUCCGCGUGUCUAGCGUCGAGCUCAAUGGUGAGAAAAACUGUAAAAAUAGAACGAAAGUCAUCCUGAAACGACUUAUAAACGGCGGAAAAGCACUCACAGUGUAAAAAUUCCUGAUCAAAUGGAUUUUCAGGCGCCACCUCCUCAAUUGUGCUCGCUUUCCGCGCUGGAAGUCGCUAUCAGCCAGCCAACAAGCAGGGAGUGACCCACCUGAUUCGCAACAGUAUCGGACGUGACGCCCACGAAUUUCCAGGACUUUCUCUCGUCUGGAACACCGCUCAGAACGGAGGAAAACUGGUGGGUAGACUGAGAAUAGGAAACAAUUGGGGAGGGAAGCGAUGUCCCUAAUGCGGGAGUGUGCACUCAUGGAGGCAUGAGUGACAUUUUCGAAAUUCCGUGCAAAGAACUUUUAUAGACCGCCGUCUCCAACCGCGACGUGCUCGCCAUCGAGCUCAACGUCGUCCGUGACCAGUCGGCCGUCGCUCUUUCCCUUCUCGGACAGCUCGGGGACAACGCUUUCAAGCCAUGGGACGUCGAGGAUGUGAAGCACGAGACCCUCCCGACCGACUCCACCUACCUCACCGGAACCACCCUCGCUUUUGAGCAGCUCCACCAGGCCGCCUUCAGAAGCGGAGGACUCGGACUCUCCAACUACACCGUCAACAGCGUCUCUGCCAAGGAUCUCUCCGCGUUCGCUGUUAGUUUUGUUCAUGUGAAUUGAUUUUAUAGAUUUUUGUGUUCAGAAGGAACACUUAGUUGCUGGAGACGCGGUUCUUGUUGGAGUCAACGUCGACCACGACACCCUUGUCCAGGCUGGAAGCACCCAGUUCCCAUUGGCCCAGGGACAGGCUGCCAAGGCCGCUCCGGCCAAGUACUUUGGAGGAGAAGUCCGACAGUAAGUUCUGUUUCUACUGAGAAAAAAAACGCCUCAACCAAUUUUUUUCAGGGACGGCCGUGGAAGCCGCACGUUCGUCGCCCUUGCCGGAGAGGGAUCCUCGAUCACCUCGCUCAAGGAUGUCGCCGUCCAGGCCGUCGUCGCUCAGAUUCUUCUGAACGCCGCCCAAAAGGUCACUUCCGACGCCAUCUCUGUCAACGUCAACUACCAGGAUGCCGGACUUGUCGGAGUGCAAUUCGCCGCUGAUAACUCGAAAGUCACCGCCGUCACCAAGUCAAUCGCCGCUGCCAUCAAAUCCGCCAACGCCAAUGGACUCGAUGUCGCCAAGAGCACUGCCGCCGUCAAUGUGAGUUGAUAAUAAUGGAUUAGUAACAGCAAACAGACCGACCGGUCUGAAACUCGGACCCAGGACACUUCAAUCGAAGUCCGUACAAGGAACCUGCAAAGUUUUUUGAUUUUUGCAAGUUUGUAAAAAGGCCAGUUUCUGGCAGCUCUUCUGAAAGCCCGGUCCUACAAAUUCCAAUAAAACACAAAAACUGUAUUAUAAUCAGUUUCUGCCCUGCCCGUCGCAAGUCUGUUUUUCAUGUAUACAAAAACGAACUUUCAGGUCCUCGCCCAAGCCCAAAACGGUUCCGGAGUUGCCCUCGAGAAGGCCACCCAGGUGCUCGCCGGAGUCGACGUUUCCCCCCGUGAGGUCGCCGAAGCCAUCCGCGCCGUGUCCGCCCAAGAUGUCACACAGGUUCGUUGCAUUUUCUAGUUUUGUACAAACCCAAACGUAUAGAAAGAAUAUCAAAUAUUUAUGACUAUGCACUAGUGGUAUUACUUUGACUAAUUGAAAUUUAUCCGAAAAAAAGGGAAUAUAUGUUGCAGGCGUUGUCGCGUGUCAAUGGAAAGCUCUCGUUGGCCGCCUACGGAAGCCCAGCACUUGUUCCAUACCUCGAUGAGCUCUAA